AUGGACUGCUCGUGGUUGACAUCGACAUAUGGAAGCGCUCGGCCCCGCGAUUACCGCGCCAAUCAGGAUGGAAAGGUACCUAUCCUCGACGGUCGGUACGGCGGGAGUGGUCCCCUGCCGGUCACCCCUCCCGUCGAGGUCUUCCAUCCCGCCUUUGCAAGCUUUGUCAAUGAUGUGGCAAACGAUAAGCUGCUAGUCCCAGACGAUGUCGUUACAACCACCGCCAGCUUCAUGCAGUCUCUCUCGGAGAUAGCGACCCUGGAAGCGGAGCGCACGAACACCCGAGGAAUGCUCAAGGACCUGCUUGACAGAGUCGUCAUUCAAACCGUCAAUAAGAACAAGAGCUCUGCAGAUCAUAUCGUAGUGCUCAACAGGAGGGAGGCGCCCUUCGAACAGGCUGUGCUCGCCAUCGUCGAGGAGAAAGGUGAACUCGGCUCGGGCUCGGAUCCAUCCGUACAGGGCUCGUUCUCGUAUAUUGAGCACUGGAUUAGUACCGAGCGCAAGGCAAUCCGUCAAGUAUGUUUCUGCCCAUCUUUCAUCAUCUCCAUCGCCGGUCCUUGGGUGAACGUUUGCGGGGCCGUAUUCACCACUCUCCCGAUCGUACACCGCUUGACCGACUACAUCUGGCUCGGGCGCAGUCGCACCAUUGACGACGGCCACAUCUUACGUGUCGCUCGCGUAUUUUACGCCCUCCGCCGUGCCCUACAAGCGCUCGAAACGUAUUACGAAGAACUGCCCUUCUCACCGGACGACGCGACGGGCCGAUUCUUCCCUCUGGCGACUUCGUGCAUUUUGGAGGGCGGGGAGAAGCUCGAGUUCACGUAUGAGCUGCCGCUGAAGGGGGACGAUCCCUCGUGCGUCGCCUUCCUCGUUGCCGACAAGAGCGACCGCGGCCACAAGCUCGUCGUCAAGUUCGUGGAGCGGUACGGCAAGGAAGCACACGAGCUCCUCGCACAGCACGGUCGGGCACCGAUGUUGCUCUACUGUGGCGACGUUUGGUCGACAGUGCCCGGCUUGGCGGGACGGACCGGUUAUGGGCCUUGGAAGAUGGUGGUGAUGGACUACGUCAAGGGACGGACCGCAGCAGACCUGGAUGAAGUCCCUGAUGGGGUGCGUGACGCAGUCCGUAGCGCGUUGGUGAUUCUGCAUGAGAGGGGUAUGGUCCAUGGAGACAUCCGGUUGCCAAACAUUAUCAUCGAGGACGACAGGAAUGGGGACGAAGACGAAGAAGACAUGGGCAAGCGGACGAGGAUAGUGGACUUCGACUGGGCGGGCAAGGAGGGCGAAGUGAGAUACCCGCACGACCUGUCUGAGAGACAGUGGGUCGAGGGAGUGGAAGACUACGUGUUAAUCAGAGCGUGCCAUGAUGACGCGAUGGUGGACAGGUUACGGUGA